AUGGGAUCAGAGGAACAGGAAACAGAUUCCCCUUUUUUUAAGUUUCUGAUUCCAGAAUCUGGAGCUCAUAAGUUUCACUUUCCAUUUUCCUUUUACAAGCAGAUAACAAAUUCUUGUAAGUACUGUGAAGACUAUAAAGAGGAAAGAGCACUCCCUACCAUACCCAGUUUUAUGGAAAGAGGAAGGUCAAGCUUCAUUACACCUUAUAAACAAUCUGAGAUUAUGGGGUAAGUAACAAAUAAUAGGUUAGUGUGUACAGUGCUUGCUUCUUGUUUAUAUUAUUCAUAUGAAUGAUAUAGAUAAAGAGAUACUUUUUUUUGCUUUGCUAGAUAAAUAUAGAUAGAUUACGAAAUAUGGAGCUUAAAAAUUACUUGAGGGAGGGCAUUUGAGACUGGUUGCUAUCACAAAAAAGAUCCACUGUGGCAUUGUCACCAAAUGGCAAUUCAUUGGUACUGGAAUGGCUAGCAGGGUCUCCUCAGAAAAACUUAAAAAAUUGGCUUACCAUGUAACCACCUCACCUACUUGGUUUUGUGGAGAGUUGCCCAUGUAGGAAUACGUCUCUGCCUGACUCACCAAUUACAGUGGUACCUCGGGUUACAUAUGCUUCAGGUUACAGAAUCUGCUAACCCAGAAAUAUUACCUCGGGUUAAGAACUUUGCUUCAGGAUGAGAACAGAAAUCGUGCUCCAGCGGCGCGGCGGCAGCAGGAGGCCCCAUUAGCUAAAGUGGUACUUCAGGUUAAGAACAGUUUCAGGUUAAGAACGGACCUCCGGAACAAAUUAAGUACUUAACCCGAGGUACCACUGUAGUUGCAUUUUUUUAUUCAGAAAGCCUCUUUCUCAAUAAACAGCAGAGAAAUGCAGUGAACUAGUGAUUCAGGAUGAGAUCGAUUCCUGCCUGGUUAGCUCGCUGUAUUUUCUCUCUGUCCUUUGGUAUAGAUAUUUUUUGCUCCCUUGGCAUGCAUCAGUGACACCAAGCUGAGAAAGUGGGAUCUAGGUACAUGAGUGUACACAAAAGGCAAGCAGAGAGCGUGUGAAUUUGAGCAUGUAUGUGUUAUUUAGCCUCACACACUUUGGACCCUAGUUGUCAUGGGUCCAAGGCCUCUUGACCAGUGGUGGAGCUGGGGGCUUUUGUACCUGGAGCGGCAGGGUGGGGCACGUUGCCGUGGGGGGGGCAUGUCACCCAUGGGGGGCGGGGAAUGUCACCUGCAUGAGCAUCCUAAUGGCGGCGCCCGCGCAAGUGUCCCCUGCCCACGCGAGGGGGUGGAGAAAGGCGAGGUGGGGGAAGAGGGCUUUAGAACACUCUUUAGAGUUCCCUCUGUCUGAGGGGCUAGAUGUAAAAUGUUCUUUGGUACUCAGAAGGCAUGAAUGUGUGUAGGGGGGAUCUGGUUUAAAAGUGCCGCUGCAGUGUGAGGGAAGGAAGGGGAAAAUGGCGCCUGAAAAAAAUUCCCCAAAAAUGGCACAGCCCGAACAAUCAUGCCAAUCCAAAGCGGCGAUUCCAGGACCAUCCAUGGGCCAGAUCCAGAGGGCAAUUGGGCCUGAUCCGGCUCUCAGGCCUUAGUUUGCCGACCUCUUAUCUAGCAGGUAAACAUUUCUGACAAUGCUGUAGUGGUUUUAGAUCAGGCAUGUACAAGGCAAGUUAGGAGAGGUAUUGGUCAUGGACCAAUACAAAUAAUGAUAAGCUUUCAUCAGCCUUUCUUUGCAACUUAGUAAUGUCUCUGUCUCUUUUUAUUCUCAUUGUGUAGUGACAUUUCCAAGGAUCCUUUGUAUGAAAUACUCCAGCAGAUGGACUGCCAUUUUACAUGGACAUUGCUGGAGGAAGACAUUGAUCUUGACGAAUUAGAGGGAAGAAUUGCUGACCAGAUUAAGUUUUUAGUGGGCAGAGUUCAACAUUAUAACCUGCUGGCCUAUGUGAAGUACUUGAAUGGCAAGAAAGAAGAGGCUCUGGAAAUUUUACAAAAAGCUGAAGAGAAUGUAAAAAUAGAGGACCCAGAAGAAGUCGAAAAGGCAAGCCUUGUUACAUGGGGCAACUAUGCUUGGAUGUACUACCUCAUGGGCAAACUUACAGAAGCACAGACCUACAUAAACAAGGUGGAAAGUACCUGCAAGGAAAAUGGAAGUGCCUCUCCUUAUAGGAUGGAACCCCCACAGGAGUCCUGUGAAAGGGGGUGGGCACAGCUAACGUUUGGCCAGAAUUAUGCUGCCAAAGAGAGCUUUGCAAAGGCCCUGGAAAAAGAUCCUGAAAACGCAGAAUUCAAUUCUGGCUAUGCAACCUCAGUCUAUCACCUGGAGAAAGAGUAUGAAAAAAGAUCUGCUGCAGUAGGUUCAUCUCUGGAACUCUUGAAGAAGGCAGCAAAACUGAAUCCGGAUGAUGCCUUUGUCUUGUCAUUCCUUGCAUUGAAGCUGCAGGAAACUAGGAAAGUGGAAGAAGGAGAAGAGCUCAUUGAAGAAGCACUAGGCAAACACCCUGGCCUUCCUUAUGUGCUGAGGUAUGCUGCCAUAUUUUACAGGAAAAAAGGUGAUGUGGAAAGAUCCCUGGAGCUUUUGAAGGAGGCGUUGAGCUUGACACCAAACUCAGGCUUCCUACAUCACCAGAUGGGGCUUUGCUACAGAGCACAGUAUUUUAAAAUCAAAUUAUCAGAAGACCCACAUAAAGACAAAAGAAAGAUGGCAGAACUGAUCAGACUGUGCAUCUUUCAUUUCAAAGAAGUGGUGGAGCACAAAACCAAAUUCGUCUAUGCUCACUUGGAUCUUGCAAACAUGUAUGCAGAAGGGAAAGAGCUCCAGAAAGCGGAAGAGACGUUUCAGGAAGUGUUUGCAAUGAGGAAACUUACUUGUGAAGAGAAACAGCAGCUCCACUUCAAUUAUGGGCACUUUCUGGAAAAUCACAAAAAUUCAAAAUCUGAGGCUGUUGAACACUAUCUGGCUGGGCUUAGGAUUGAAAAUGAAUCAUUUGAGAGAAAUAAAUGCAAAUGGAAUUUGAAGAUGUUAAUAGAAAAGAGAAUUAAGGAAGGUCCUGCAGAUACUAAGAGUUUGGGAAUCCGUGCAUUCAUUCACCAGCUCGAUGGAGAAAAGCAGCAAGCAAUUGAGUGUUAUGAACAAGCUCUGGAAACGGAUCCUGAGAAUGAAGAAUAUAGCAGUGUCCUCUUGGAGUUGAGGCUUUCUGUACAAAGGUAAACAUUUCUACAUGUGGUUCUCUGAGCUGCUUUAUUAAUAAUGUGUGUGUGAGGGGGGGGGACACAUUCACCGUCUCCUUGUUCCACAGUAUUCCAUUCUUAUUCCAUUACAGUCCAGGAAUUGAGUUGAUGCUGGUCUGGUUAAGGCUAAGCAUUUUACUGUUUUGGGUGUUAUUGCUCUGACCACUAUAUUUUAUAGCCUCCCUUAACAAAUUAUUACUGUAGCCACUCCCUUAAUAGAUUGUGGUAAUUAUGCAAGAGUCCCUAAUUGCAUGUAAAGGCAUAUUGUAGAAGUGCAUGCUUCCUCGUGUGAAAAAGCCCUUGCCUGAGGAAAGCUAGCAUUUCAUAGGAAAAAGUUCUAGCCUCACACACACCCCAUUUGCUAGUUUUUCAAUGGGCAGGGACAGUCUAAUCUUGUUCUCCCAUAUGUACUUUGUAGUGAGCUGUCCACAGACACUUGGCUUGCAGGAGGCCAUGAGCACAUGCUGGUUCUGUUCCAAUUUCUCCCAGGGAGUACACUCACUCUACCCCAUAAAUUCUUGCACUGAGAGGGAAGGUCUGCAGAGCCGUUAAACAGUGGUAGAAGGCAUACUUUUCAUGCACAACAUCCCAGGCUCAAUCCCUGAUGGAGCUGGGCAAGAUUCCUGCUUGAAACCCUGGGGAGCCACAGCCAAUCAGUGCUGAUGCUAAUGGUUUAUUGACACCAAUGCAUAGUGCAUUUCCCAGGCAGAAAAACUGGCAAUUCAUCUCUGGGUUGGAUUUCAUUCUAAGAUGGGAAAUAAUUUGCGAGUUUUUAAAAUUGACCUCUCAGUUGAGGUGGGCUUUUACUGGCAACCCUAGUUAGGAUGAUUGACUAGAUGGAGGCUGGUUCAAAUCUAGCAAAACCUUUUUAGGUUCUUAAAACAAAAAGCACUUGUUUGAUGUUUGCAGAUGCCAGCAUACAGUAAACCUUUCUGACAAGAUUUAGUUACCGGUACUCUUUAGCUCAGACAUGGAUGACACAUGCCUCACAGGGCUUACAUGUGAAAUAUUGUUUUAUUUCAUUUCACUUUUUAAUUUGUAUUAAAAAUUAAAUACAUAAUUUUAUGUAUUUCUAUAUUACUAUACAAAAGGCAGUUUACAACAAAAUUCACAAUAAAGAACACACACCUUACAAUAAUCUGAUCCAGUACAAAAAGUCAUAAUAAAACAUAACUUUAAAAUGGAAUGACUUAUAGCAAAUAAUGUCAUGUGAAUACAUAUCAAAAGAAUCCAGUCCAGACCCACCAAGAUAGCGCAGCAACUAGUAAGUGCUAGCUGUAAACAUGGAAGGAAAACCAAGAGGUUAAAAAAUGCACAAAUGAAGUCAGUUGUCAAACACCUUUCUAAAAAAAAAGGAUAAUAUGCAGGAAUGUGCCUUUCUUUGCAAAAUUUUAAAGGGCCUCUCUCUCUCCCCCCCCUCCCAUUUUGCAGUGAAAAACGUUUAUACAAGAUCCUUCAGCAGCUUGAAUGCCAUUUUACUUGGGCAGUGUUGAUGGAGGACAUGGAUCGCGAUGAAUUAGAGGGAAGAAUUGCUACAAAGACUGAGCAUUUACUAUCCAACAUCGGAAUUUAUAACCUGCUGGCCUAUGUAAAAUUCUUGAAUGGCAAGAAAGAAGAGGCUCUGGAAAAUUUACAAAGGGCUGAAGAGGCUGUUAAAAUAGAGUACCCGGAAGAAGUCAAAAAGGCAAGCCUUGUUACAUGGGGCAACUAUGCUUGGGUGUACUACCACAUGGGCAAACUUACAGAAGCACAGACCUACAUAAACAAGGUGGAAACUACCUGCAAGGAAAAUGGAAGUGCCUCUCCUUAUAGGAUGGAACGCCCACAAACGUACUAUGAAAAGGGGUGGGCACAGCUAAUGUUUGGCCAGAAUUAUACUGCAGAAGCCAAAGAGAGCUUUGCAAAGGCCCUGGAAAAAGAACCUGAAAACCCAGAAUUCAAUUCCAGCUAUGCCAUCACAGUAUACCGCCUGGAGGAUUUUUAUGGGAAAAAAUCUGCAGCAGAAGGCUCAUCUCUGGAACCCUUGAAGAAGGCAGCAAAACUGGAUCCAGAUAAUGCAUUAGUCUUGUCUCUCCUUGCGUUAAAGCUGCAGCAAACUAACAACACUGAAGAAGGGGGAAAGUAUAUCAAGGAGGCCCUCGAAAAGCACCCAAGCUCUCCUUACGUGCUGGGGCAUGCAGCCAUUUUUUUUAGGAAAAAGGGUGACAUAGAAAGAGCCCUGGAGCUUUUAAAGGAGGUGUUGAGCUUGACACCAAACUCAGGCUUCCUACAUCACCAGAUGGGGCUUUGCUACAGAGCACAGUAUUUAAAAAUCAAAUCAUCAGAAGACCCAUAUAAAGACAGAAGAAAGAUGGCAGAACUGAUCAGACUGUGCAUUUUUCAUUUCGAAGAGGUGGUGGAGCGCAAAACCAAAUUCGUCUAUGCUCACCUGGAUCUUGCAAACAUGUAUGCAGAAGGGAAAGAACUCCAGAAAGCAGAAGAGACUUUUCAGAAAGUGUUUACAAUGAGGAAACUUACUUGUUCAGAGGAACAGCAGCUCCACUUCAAUUAUGGGCGCUUUCAGGAAUACCACAAAAAAUCGGAAUCGGAGGCUGUUGAACAUUAUCUGACCGGGCUGAGAAUUGAAAUCAAAUCAUUUGCAGGACAUCAAUGCAAGUGUUAUUUGAAGAAGUUAAUAGAAAAGAAAAUUAAGAGAGGUACCACAAAUGCUAAGAGUUUCGGCAUCCGUGGCUUCAUUCACCAACUUGAUGAAGAAAAGCAUCAAGCAAUUGAGUGUUAUGAACGAGCCCUAGAAAUGGAUCCUGAUAAUGAAGAAUAUAUCAGUGCUCUUUUGGAGUUGAAGUUUUCUGUACAAAGCUAA